GGGUUACUGGAAAACCGGAUAUUUCAUGUGUUGGAUCCUAUACGAAUCUAACUACCGUGACGAAGAAUCUAACUGAGACGGCCCACCAUACGCAGGUGGGCAAAUCUUCUUUAUCACACUUCGUAUUUCCCUCUUACUGAACAGAGUGGGCCACUGUUUCAUUUUGGAUUUAGAAGCAUGGCCGCAAGCUGCUGUCGUCCCUUUGAGUCAGUGUAUCUCCAUUUCUGUCCAUCUCACUCCCCCAAAUGUUCUUCUCCUUCCCUCAUUCAUCUCUCUCUUCUCUCUCCUCCAAAGAUUGCUCACUUUCUUCUUCACUCCCACAACCCAUCUUCUCACUCCUUCCCUGCAACUUCAGAGUUCAGCCAAUCUUUAACCACCCUUUCUUGCUCUUCUUGUUCUGAUUUUGAUUCUUCUGAGUCCUCUUUUUCAGAUUUUGAUUCUUGCGAGUCCUCUUCUUCAUUUUCUGACCCAAAUCCCCUAUGUUCACCUUCCAUUCAAGCUUCUCUUAACAACCCAACUCCUGAAUCAUCUGAUUUUUCUGAUUCCUCUUGUUAUUCUGAUCCAAAUCCUCAAUGUUCAUCUGCAAUUCAAACUUCUCUCAACAACCCAACUCCUGAAUCUUCUGAUUUUCCGUAUUCCUCUUCUUCGUCUGACCUGAAUUCUCAAUAUUCACCUUCAAAUCCCACUUCUGUAAAAAACCCAGCUCCUGAUAUCCUCGAACUCAAGAGGGCUGGUGGUUUUCUUGAUGAAAUGGACCUGAAAAGCCUGCAGUUAUUGGAGGAUUUUCUAUAUAUCCAUGAAUUUGAUCAUGGGAUUUUGCAGGUGAGGGUCAUGGAUGCCAGAGAGAUGGAAAUGACUGUUGAAUUGCUUGCUGACUCAUUUGCAGAGACAAUGUGGUCACCCUUUCGUUAUGUGCCAUUGUUGAGAGUGUUAGUGAGACAGCAUUUGAUGGAGAGGAGAGCAGUUCUCCCUCAUGCUGCGACUCUUGUGGGGUUUUAUAGUGAGGAGGGUGGUGAAUUGGAGCUUGCAGGCACUGUUGAGAUCUCGUUCAAUGCUCGAGGGGCCAAUGCUAUCCCCCCAACACCGAACCCACCUAUGAAUUCGCCCUAUCUCUGCAAUAUGUCGGUCAAGAAACAAGUCCGGAGGAGAGGUAUCGGUUGGCAUCUUCUGAAGGCAUCUGAGGAAUUGGUGCCUCAGAUUGGACUGAAUGAAAUAUACUUGCACUGCAGGAUGAUUGAUACUCCUGCUCUCAAUAUGUAUAAGAAGGCCAAUUAUAAUGUAGUAGAAACGGAUAAUAUUCUGACACUACUGAGCCUUCAGAGGCGUAAAUAUUUGAUGUACAAGAAGCUUUCUCCUCCCAAGAAUCUUGGUAUAUUCAGAUCGCUCUAGCUCAUUUUCCCGUUUCUCAAGUUCUUCUGAUAUGGACUGUGAUCCAUGAAACCCAUCACACAAAUGGUGACUCUAUUUUGAUACAAGCACAGUGUUUGCAGAAUAGAAGGUACGAGCUGGAAUGUUCGACUCUUGUUCUGCCUGUAUGUCCUGCAGUUCCCUCCCUCCUCUCGUUCAAAUAUAAUAUUCUUGAUUUGUAGAUUCAAGAUAAGUGUAAAUGAAGUGCCUGGUGAUUAUAAUCGCUUCCACGAGCAACUGUAGUAUUCUACAAAAUAAUCCAAUGUUUCCUUGGAUUGGAAGUUGAUAUAAGGUUAAUGUUGUGUAAAUCAAUGCAAUAUUACUUCCG